AUGAUUGAUGAUUUAAAAAGAUACCUCAUAGAAUUUCCUCGCGAACUAUCAUAUCGAGAUUACCAAGUCAUCAAACGGAAUGUUUAUAAAGCUUUCUACUGGACUGUCACCUGCGAGGGAAAAUAUCUUCAUGAACUCUUCGAAGGUAUUGGAGAGAAUCAAAUUGCGGACUUGAGAGACUAUAAGUGGGUAGUUAACGGGAACACUGAAGGGAAACCCUUCUACAGUAAUGUCAAAGCCACGGAUUACAGUCACCCAAAAGAUCAGAUUUGUGGCUACACAUUCAAGGAAGGUGAUCCCAUCUAUAGGUGUGAGGAAUGUGGUUAUGAUGAAACGUGUGUGUUAUGUGCACAUUGCUUUAAUGAGGAUGAUCAUUUGGAUCAUAAUAUAUCAUUCUACUAUUCCAGCGCAAAUAACGAGGGAAUGUGUGAUUGCGGAGAUCCAACGGCUUUCGUUCGAAAUCUUCGCUGUGCUUGUCGAAAAACAUUGACUAUAGAUUCAGCCUUCACUGAGGCGAUAUCUCAGGUGGUAAAGUGCAUUUUCAAGUAUGCAUUGGACGUAACAAACUUUUCCAUCAGUACCUUACCCUUCAUUCAUCGCAUCCUCGAUAAUGACUCGUUCAUGAGUACUAGACAAUUAUCAGACUUUAGCUCCUUGCCAGUCCAUGAAUAUGGUGUCCUGGAUGAGAAUACUGGGUCGUCAUGGUAUCUAGUUUUAUGGAACGAUGAAUAUCACAACUAUGACGAGGCAAGACGAGCAAUUAAUGCCGCUACUUCUGUUUCAUACGAAACUGCUGAGAAUUUGGCCAGACUUAUAAGCUCUUCUGGUAGAGCUGUCCUUAAGGAGGCAAUUGAACCCACUUCCUUGAUUCCAUCACAAAGAGCUGCUGAAAGGGAUGGUUUAAUCUGUACCAUCAUGUCCAAGCGUGAUUAUGUUCGUGAGAUGAUUGUUGCGGCGGCUUUUAGUUGGGUCUGCGCUGUCACAUCUUUCUCGGGCAAUAGUGCAUUUCGUGACGAGUGCAAACGUCAACUAUCAAAUGUCCUUCUAGCAUCUAAUUUUAUCUUCUCUAAAAGCUUGUCCUCUGAAGCUUUCAAAGGGUACACCGGCAAUUUGAAACAAAAUUUUUUUGAGUGCGGACUUAUCGUGGACGGAGAACGCGAGGAUCUAUCGCCAACAGCUUUUAACGAUCUAGAAGCCUAUUCUUUCGACUCUUCAGUCCUCACUUUUUUGAAACCGCUGGCCAUGAAAACGCCUGAUUCAAUCCUUCAAUACUUGAUGCUAUUCGAGAUACGUUUGCCACUUUCGACCAGGCGGCUCCUAAGAAGAAUCAUAUUAACUUUGCUAGGUGGUGAUCGUGAAUUGAAGAUGCUUUUCGCAGAGCAAUACUUGAAAUUAUACCCCCACCUUUUAAUAACCUCUGCGCUUUCGGACAGAGAAGAUAAUCUCGCGUGCAUGGAUCAUAUCCGUGUGCAGCUAUUCACCUGUCCGAAAACUAAUGUAAGAAUCCUAAAUUCUGGCAGCCUCACUAGGAUAUUGGCACCUCUUUGCUGGCUAAUUGAGAGGUAUUCAAGCACAUUCAACGAAUCGACUCAGGUUAUCAAUUAUGAUGAGAGAGCUCUUGAAGCUCGAGGAAAGCGAGAUAGGAGUGCAAUUCAAAGAGCCAUCUUUUCGGCUCUCAAUGAUCUCACACAUAUAUUGAGUAAAGUUCAGUUCUCUACUUUAUCCGACUCCUUUCCGAGCCUUCAGGAAGUUUACCUAUUGAUCACGUUGAUGAAAUUUUAUCAAGGUUCAUCUACUAUAGUACGAAAAUUGGGCGACCAUGUCACUCAUGAGCUGCUUAACGAUGCUCUAUUAUUUCUCCAGAAAGCAAUUCCGAUAUAUUAUAUUGUUCGUUGUUUCACAAACCUCUUCCCGGAGAAUUCGAAAAGUGCAGCUACCAUCUUGAAAGCAACGUUGCAUCUCAUCUGGUCUCAUGAAAAAACAUUUGAAAGUGAUAAAACAUUUGUGGAAAGCUACUUGGUGAGUUCUCGGCCAGUUUCGUUCAUCAAUCCAAUCAAUUCCUUUGUAUCGUACUUGAUUCAGCAUUGUUCUUCAUCCGAAUUAAGGCAAGUCUUUGAGGGACGAGAGCGAAGCUUCAAAUAUAUCACGGAAAUCUCUCUAAGAAGCAUUGUGUUAGCUGCACAGAUAAGAGUUGGGUUCUGGAUACGAAACGGAGCCUCUGUGUCUCGAGAGGCAUCAUACUAUACGUUGAUUUCCAUGAGGGAGAUGUCAUACUUUAAAAAUAUGCACUUUAUACCUUCUGCAGGUGUUUUACCAUUGGGUGAGGUUACCUAUUUGCGAGAUCUCCAUAACUUACAAAUUGGUUUCGCAUUUCAUGAAUUAAAUCUGAUGUUUGAGCUCUUCUUGAAACGAUGGGAAAUUCAAGAUUGGUUCUACGGUAAAGUACCAUCUCAGGAGACGAUAUAUGAGGACCGCUUUUACUACAUUUGUGAGGAGAUGGUGACAACAUUGUAUCAUAUUUUCACCAACCGCUCCUCUUUUUCAUUCACAACUAACAACAAGUCAUCGCAAGAACGUAUUAAGAGACUAUGCUAUUCCCUAUGUGAAAGUCCAAAGUCAUUUUCUGAGUUGGUCUCUGAUUUAGAUGAGGAUUAUUCUGAUAUACCAGCAUUUGAAGAGCUGUUGCGUACGUGUGCCACUUUACAAAAACCCUCUGGCCUCACUGACUCGGGAAUGUACAGACUCAAGGCAAACUACUAUGAUCAGUUGGAUCCCAUGAGUAUUUUUUUGGAAAGUAGCAAGUAUGAGGCAGUAUCUUGUUCGUUGUUGAAAAAUUUAUCUCGUCUGAGCAACAUAAGCGAAGAUGAGAUUGUGUUAUCACCACAGAUUAUGUAUGCAGAGGAUUCUUUUCUUAACGACGGUCUACUUCGAUUUUAUUCUAGCUUUUUCUUCGCAAAGUUGGUAUACAAACUUCUUCGUGAAUCCGUUGAAUCUGAGCAGGAGAUCUUUAUUCUGAAAUUGUUGCACUUGGUUCACGCUGUGCUAAUUGAUAUAGAACGAGAUGCAGAGAACAUUAGAUUACUUGAAGCAUUCAUUAGCAUCCCUGUGUGUGAUCUACUCCUCAACGUCGUGGAGUCCUCGAUGUCAUCAUCUGUUGUUCGUAAAGCAGAUCAUUUGCUUAUGAGGUUUAUUGAAUUAGAUCCUCGUGUUAUGAAAUCACUUCUUGAUUGCUUUGGUGAGGAACACAUUCAGCUGUACAAAAAGCGAAAGAUAGGCUCUGCAUCUCACGAAGCUGAGAAAAGAAAGACAACUGCGGAAAAAAGAAAGAACAAAGUAUUCAAGAAACUUGCGAAACAGCAGAAAGAUUUUUCGGCUCGCCAUGGGUCAUCGUUUGCAGAGACUAUCUCAGACGAGCCGCCAAAGCGUGCCGCGAGACGCUGUUGCGUCAUUUGUGGGGAACAGGAAUGUUCGGUUCAACUUUUCGGUAUUCUUCUUUGCAAAUCCCUGAGUUCUACCUUUUGGAAGGUACCGCCUUUCCAUGACGUUUACAACCAGCUUGCAUUCGAAGAUUACGGUACACACCUAUCAAGAAACAAAGAGCAAGUUUAUUCCGUAGGUUAUCCGUACAAGCAAAUGAGGGAACGGGGUUUGGCUUCAAAAAUCUCUGCGCCUGUCGCCACAUCAUGUUGUCAUGGUAUACAUUACAAGUGCUAUCUUCGUCAGCAACAUAGCUUGCAGUACGUUCCAUGUCCACUUUGUCACAACUUGCAUGACACAUUUAUACCUAGCUUCACUCCACCACUGGUUUCCCGAAUGCUCGACUACUGGAGCGACAGCACAAUGGAUCUCAAGGUUGCUGAGCCUGCUGUAUGUGAAGUCAAUUCUUUGUUGCUUUCAAAGCAUCUUAUUGGUGAAACUUACUGGGCUGAAGAUGCUACUCCUCUCAAAAAAAUGUCUCAUCAAAUAUACCAGGCAGUUAUGAGAUCUCUUCCGAAUGAUGAUCGGAGAGCUGAAAAUCUCAGUCUGCAGAAAAUUAUGAUCUCUCGUCUCAUAGCAGAUACGAUUCGUGCAAACGAAAUUGCGAGUCGAAUCAAUGGUGAUGCGGCCUAUUCAAAUUUUCUAGAUGAUGUAUCGCCACAAGCAAAGACAACGCUUUUGUCAUUGUUCCAAUUACGCUGCUACUUAUCUGCGUUUGCGACAAAUCUACCAAUUCAGGAUCCCAACGUUGUUGCACGCAUGCCCGACUUGAAUAAUGAGAACUCUCUAUUCUCACAGGUCAUAAUCAAGCUUCUCUAUGGCAAAGAUCAUCCCAUCGAUUGCAUUAAAUGGGGAUAUCACAACUUACUCGCAACUCUGACUUUUGAAUUGGUUGAUGGCAUUAAAAGCCGAUAUCCCUCCGCCAUGAAGCAUCAUGACACUUCUCGAAUACUGCAGCUGGAAUACAACCUCCUUUUAUCAUAUGUGAGAAGUUUUCUAAAAAAUAUUUGGCUACCCUUUGAAAAAACAGAUGCAGACUUGAUGUCUGUGCUCGCCUUCGUAUUGAAAGCAUUACAACGAAUCUCGUUGACCUAUUUGAGACAAUGUGCUUUGAUGUGGGAUAUCUUGAGUAGUCAACAAUUAGAAGACUUAGCGUACGUCUCAUCUGCUGAAAUUCGGGACUUGAAGCUGAAGUUACAAGGAUCAGGGAGCGUUGAACUGCUUGAUACCCUCUGUAAGUUUUUCGACAUCGGAAGCCCUAUCGAAGUUAUUAAAAGCAUAAUGUAUGGCGGUUCGGAUCAAAAUCACACGUUAGAUAUAUUUCAACACUAUGAUGCCACCAAAUAUGAAGAAGACAAGUCAAAGCUGAGAACUCUUAUUGACUUUCCUGGAAGGAUUUCUUUGCUCGAGAUGCCACAUGAUUACAAUUCUUGUCUUGUUGAUCCCGUAUAUAAGAAAAAGAGGCCUCAACCCGACUCAGUCUGCCUCACAUGUGGCGCCUAUCUCAGUCACAAACGCCUCCUCCUUCAUCCUUUAGAAUGUGGAGUAAUGCCUGUGUACUUUGUUCCUGACAAGAAUAACUUGAAAGUUCUUGUUCAAGUUGCGUCCGCUUCUAUUGAGGUUAUGAUUCCAGCUCCCUAUUUGACAGCGCAUGGUGAAGUGAAGAAGAGGGGCGUCCCAGGUAAAGCUACGUUAAGUCAAGCCCGAUACUUGCAUCUCAAUAAGCUUUGGCUUAACCAGGGGCUAUUUGGGUUUGCGACAAGGUCAUUGUUUGAUAGUAGAAGGCCGCAGAUCUUUCGACCUGACCUUCAAGUUUUUGAAGACGAUUUUUUUGAGGAUGACAUCGAAGACUUCAACGAUGAUGUCGAUGCUUUUGAUCCUGACUAA